GGGCGACAAGGACGGGGCUUUAGGUGGGAAAGAGGGCAGAAAAAAGUUCACUUUUCCCUGCCGGGUGCCAAGAGAACGGGACAGGACUCAACUUCGCCGGAGCCGCAGCUGUGUGCUACGGACCGAUCAUGGGUGACUGGAGCUUUCUGGGUAAUAUUUUAGAGGAAGUUAACGAGCACUCUACGGUGAUCGGCCGGGUGUGGCUCACGGUGCUCUUCAUCUUCCGUAUCCUCAUCCUGGGCACGGCGGCGGAGUUUGUGUGGGGCGAUGAGCAGUCCGACUAUGUCUGCAACACGCAGCAGCCCGGAUGUGAGAACGUGUGCUACGACGAGGCCUUCCCCAUCUCCCACAUUCGCCUGUGGGUGCUGCAGAUCAUCUUUGUGUCCACGCCGUCUCUGGUGUACGUGGGUCACGCUGUGCACCACGUCCACAUGGAGGAGAAACGCAAGGAGCGCGAGGAGGCAGAACUUAGCCGGCAGCAGGAGCUGAGCGAGGAGCGACUCCCUCUGGCACCAGACCAGGGAAGUGUCCGCACCACUAAGGAGACCAGCACAAAGGGGAGCAAGAAGUUCAGGCUGGAGGGCACCCUGCUGAGGACCUACAUCUGCCACAUCAUCUUCAAGACACUGUUUGAGGUGGGCUUCGUGGUGGGCCAGUACUUCCUGUACGGCUUCCGCAUCUUGCCGCUGUACAAAUGCAGCCGCUGGCCCUGCCCCAACACGGUGGACUGCUUUGUGUCGCGCCCCACGGAGAAGACCGUCUUCAUCAUCUUCAUGUUGGCUGUGGCCUGUGUCUCACUCUUCCUCAACUUUGUGGAGAUCAGUCACUUGGGCCUGAAGAAGAUUCGCUUUGUCUUUCGUAAGCCGACCCCAGCCCCGGCCCAAGGUGAGGGCUCGGCCCCCCUGCCGCCACAAGGAAAGAUCCUGCCCCCCCUGGCUGUGCCCUCUCUGCAGAGAGCGAAAGGUUACAGGCUGCUGGAGGAGGAGAAAACUCCCAUGACUCACCUCUACCCGCUGGCUGAGGUGGGCAUGGAGGCUGGCAGAGGGGCCCCGCCCUUCCCUGGGCUGGAGGAGAAGGCGCAGGAGGAGGUGCUGCCCAUGGGGAACAUCUCUAAGGUGUAUGACGAGACUCUGCCCUCCUACGCCCAGACCACCGAGACAGCGGGGGUGACAUUGCACGAGGAGGAGGAGGAGGAGGAGGAGGCCAAGGAGGUGCAGCCGGCGGAGGUGGAAGCGGAGAGAGUGGAGGAGGUUGUGGAUGAGGAUGUAGAGGUAGAGGAGGCGGUGAACGGGGAGGGGGUAGGGAUGGAGGCCACGGAUACGAUAGAAGACACCAGACCGCUGAGCCGACUGAGCAAAGCCAGCAGCAGGGCCAGGUCAGACGAUCUCACCGUAUGAACCUGUGAGAGAGCAGCACAUGUACACCUGCACACACCAUAUGUUCAACACAAGAGAGAGCACACACACACACACACACACCUAACUCUUGAACAGGCAGGUCAAAAAACGAAAAAGACAAAAUCAACAGGGAUAGAUCGAAACCUUUAAGACACGGUCAACAAUUCUACAAAGCGACAAAAAAUCUGCGUGUUUGUGAUAAAAAAUGAAAAAUAAAAAGUAGAGGUUAAAGAGGGGAGGAGUAGGUUUUUUAUUAAGCGUGUUCUUAUAUUUAAAAAAUGUGUAAAGGACACAUGCAGGGGGGUAAUGUUUUUACUUGAUGAAAAUCCAUGUUCAAUUUUUAGAAACAUCUUUUUCUAUUGAAAGAGUUUUAACCAUAUGCAAUGGAGGAUUAGGCAUUUUUACAUGGGGUUUGAGUAGAUAGGGGAAAGAGAGUUAUAAUAUACUUGUGUGUCUGCAAAUCAGUAAUUUCGCUGUAGUUAGGCACUGACGUUCAUUCCCAUUCAGACAGUGACAUACUGCGAACGCAGCGUGUGGCUGCACCCGGCACGGGUGAGACGGCUCUCGCAUACACAAAUCACACCAUUAAGUGCCGGUACAUUUACAGGUAUACAGCUCUUUGAGAAGAGGAAGAAAAGUCCAUUUUCA